AUGGCUACAGCACCUGCACCCGUUACGAAGGCCCUGGAGGCUCCAGCGAAACCCAAUGAGAAAAAUGCCUUCAUGGAGACCUUCGAAAUUAUAUCGGAGGAUAUUGUUCAGGACUUGGGGAACUACAAGGUGCCCAAAGAGGGUGUCGAACAUAUCAAGAGGAUGCUGCACUACACGGUUCCGGGCGGCAAACUCAACCGCGGUCUCACUGUCCCGUCUGCGCUGAAGUCCCUGUUUAAGCGCGAUUUGACGAAAGACGAGUUGUUCAAGGCCCAGGUUUUGGGAUGGGGUGUUGAAUGGCUGCAAGCGUUCUUCCUCAUUACCGAUGAUAUCAUGGAUGGCUCCAUCACAAGGCGCGGACAACCAUGCUGGUACAAGCAGCCCGACAUUGGAAUGAUUGCCAUCAACGACGCCAUCAUCUGCGAAAGCGCCAUCUACCGGCUGCUGAAGAAGUACUUUCGCGCCGAGGCGUACUACCCCGAACUUGUGGAGAUGUUCCACGAAGUCACCUACCAGACCGAGCUCGGGCAGAUGAUGGAUCUGCUGACCGCCCCAGAAGACCAUGUCGAUCUUUCCAAGUUCUCCCCUCAAAAACACGCCUACAUAGUAGAAUACAAGACCGCUUAUUAUUCCUUUUACCUUCCCAUCGCUCUGGCCAUGCGCCUGGCCGCCAUCACCGAUGAAAAAGCUUACGCACAGGCCAAAGCUGUACUUCUCCCUCUCGGCGAGUAUUUCCAGGUCCAGGACGACUACUUGGACUGCUAUGGGAGCCCGGAGGUCAUUGGGAAGGUUGGGACUGACAUCGAGGACAACAAGUGUGGGUGGUUGAUCAUUCAAGCAUUGGAACGCGCUACUGUUGAACAGCGGCAGUUGUUGGAUGCAAACUACGGGCAAAAGUCCCCUGAAAAUGUGGCCAUUGUCAAGCGCAUCUAUGAGCAACUUCACCUUGAAACGGUCUACCGUGAGUACGAGGACCGCAGCUACAAGCGGAUCUCCGAACUCAUUGAGCAGAUUGAUGAAAGCUUGCUGCCGAGGGAUAUCUUUGUUACUUUCAUGAACAGGUAA